AAAAAAAUAUAUGUAAGUAUGGCGGCUGAUAUAGCUGUGGACGAUGAUGAUGCAUGGUUAUAUGGAGAAAAUAACGCGGAAGAGCAGCGCAAGGAAGAAAUAAAUGCUAUAUUUGAUAGGGCAUCAGAAGAAGUUGUUGUUCCUGGUGAAGAAAAUAUUAUAACAACAAAUGGUGAUAUCAAACAUGGAGGUAUUGAAGAUGAAGUUUCUAUUAAUAAUCAAGAUGCAACCAAGGUUCAAGAGAAUGAAGAAGAAAAAGAUUCUGAUGAAGAGGAAGAUUCAGAUGAUGAUGAUGUUCAGAUAACAAUUGGUGAUAUAAAACCAGCAUCUACUACUUAUCCAUAUGGUGGAGCCCCUGUAAAUUUGAAUAUCAAAAGGGGAGGAGCAUUCACCAGUGGUUCAGCAGUUAGUGGUGUAUCUAAAACGAAAGGAAUUGAUUUAGAAACAGUCGGUAUCAUCAAUGGAGUAUCAAUGUAUGAAUUCAACUUGGAUACUAUUGAGGAUAAACCAUGGAGAAAACCAGGAGCUGAUAUUACAGAUUAUUUUAAUUAUGGUUUUAAUGAAGAUACAUGGAAAGCCUAUUGUGAAAAGCAACGCAAAUUACGUGUAGACAAUAAUGUGACACCAAAGCCUGUACAAAUAAUACCUGGAAAAGAUCAACAAAUUCCAAUAGCAACUGUAAAUGAGAAUAGUAAAUAUUCUGGAAUGGGAGCUGUUGUCAAAAAAGCUGGACCUCCUCCUGGCAGACGUAUGUCUGGGAGCAUUGAUGUCAUCUGCGGUGCUAAUAGUUCUAGACGUUCUGGAAAUAGUAAAGAAAAUGUUAUUCAGGUGAUUGGCAGAGAUGUGUAUGACAGCUCAAUGCCACCAGGACUACCACCAACACAUAUACCACCCCCAUUCAUUCCUCCUAAUUUAUCAGUUCCUCCUCCUGGAUUACCACCCGGAUUGCCACCACCAAGCAUUCCUCCACCACCUGGAACAAUGCCAGGUCAUGUUCCAUUUCCAGAUCUCUAUGGAAAUCCCAUAUUUUCACAGCCUCCACCACCUGUACCAGGUGUUAAUGUAGACUCUAAUUCACAAUAUGAUGAACAGUUUUUCACUGGCAAUUCUUCUCGGCAGUUUGAUGCCAAUUCUGAAUCACAGCACAGUUGGACUAACUCUCCACAUCGUGAAAGAGACAGAGAUCGCGAUCGAGAUAGAGACAGGGACAGAGAUCGUGAUAGAGAUAGGAACAGAGAACGAUCUCGAGAUAAAGAAAGAGAUCAUUAUUGGGAAGAAAGAAACAGAGAGCGUUCUUCUGGUCGAAUACCAACUUCAGAUGAAGAUUAUAAGCGACGUGAAAGAGAAGAAUAUGAAAGGAGGCGUUAUAGGGAAUAUAGAGAUAGUCGAAGAGACAAAGAACGUUAUGAAAGAGAUUAUGAUAGGGAUUAUGAACGUGAGCAUUAUGAGAGAGAUCGUGAACGUGAUAGUCGCGAACGCGAAAGAAGACAUCGUGAUCACAAAGACAGAGAAGAGCGCCACAAAGAGAGGUCAUCCCGUCGUCGUCAUCAUCAUGAUGACGAUGAUGAACAUCAUUCAUCACGUCAUAAGCAUAAAAAAUCUAAACGUGAGAAAGAUGACUCAUCAAAUGCCAUCUUGGAAGGAUCAGAGUCUACACAACCUGAAAAUGAAGAAGAAAAGUAAACAGUUGUAAAGUUAGGUUCUAAAAAUAUAUACUCACUUCUUAAUGAAGAAUGUCUAUUUCAGUUUCACAAGAAUGGAGAGACUAAGUAAUUAACAAAGCUUAUCUCAAGGAAAAUGUAUAUUUUGUCUUGCUAUAUCAAAUUAUCAAGUAAAUAGUCACCAAAAAUUUAUACAGUAUUCUAAUCAUUGUAUAUAUGUAUUGGAUUUUCUUCAGUUUUUAUUGAAAACCCAGGUUGUUUUACUUAGCAUUAGGUUUGUAUUAUAAUAUAGUUUUACUGCUAAUUGAAA